UUGUCCUGCAAGGCAGCCAUGAUGGCAGCGACAGCUGCGCCUGACAAGAGCCGAACCAACGGCGCCUGCGCGUCAACCAGCAGCCUGGCCUCGGGCCUUUCCCUCAACCGCGGAAGCGGAAGAGGCGAGGCCUCCUCAAGACUCCCUGCUUCGUAAUUAAGGCAUUUCUCUCCAUUCUCUAGUCGCCGCUAAUGUAAUGGCGGCGAAGCCGGCAUGGUUUCCAGCUGAGAGGAGUGUGCUGGGUGAGGGGAGUAGCGGUAGCGCACCCACAGUGGCUGAGGCGGCGCCGGCGGUGGCUACUACUGUGGGGAUGCUGGACCCGCUCCCGCUCCGCACCGAGCUAAGCCGGCUGGACAUCCAGCGCUACUCGCGGCAGCUGGUACUCCCAGAGCUGGGCGUGCGCGGGCAGCUGCGGCUCUCCGGCUGCUCGGUGCUGGUAGUGGGCUGCGGAGGGCUGGGCUGCCCGCUGGCGCAGUACUUGGCCUCUGCGGGCGUGGGCCGCCUGGGGCUGGUGGACCACGACGUGGUGGAGCUGAAUAACCUCCACCGGCAGGUGUUGCACCGGGAGAGCCGCCUGGGCAGCUCCAAAGCCCAGUCUGCCGCCGCAGCCUUGCGGGAGCUCAAUUCCACGGUGCAGUGCGUGCCCUACGAGCUGGCCCUCAGCCCCGGCACAGCCCUGCAGCUGGUCAGCGCCUACGACAUCGUGGCCGACUGCUCUGACAACGUGCCCACCCGCUACCUGGUCAACGAUGCCUGCGUGCUGGCGGGGAAGCCUUUGGUGUCUGCCAGUGCCUUGCGGCUGGAGGGCCAGCUGGUGGUGUACAACUACCAAGGGGGCCCCUGCUAUCGCUGCCUCUUCCCCAAGCCCCCUCCUCCAGAGACGGUCACAAAUUGUGCAGAUGGUGGGGUCCUGGGUGUCGUGCCGGGCAUCCUUGGGUCUCUCCAGGCUUUGGAAGUGCUCAAGAUUGUCUCUGGGUUGGGCACCUCCUUCAACCGGGCUAUGCUGCUAUUUGAUGCCCUGGAAGGAAGAUUUCGCCACAUCAAACUAAGGCCCAGGAAUCCAAGGUGCCUGGUGUGCGGGGACCAUCCCUCCGUGACCACCCUACAGGAUUAUGAAGCGUUCUGUGGGUCUUCCGCAACAGACAAGUGUCGGACAUUACAUCUUUUGCCCAGUAAAGAGCGAAUAUCCGUAGAAGAGUACAAAGAAGUACUGGACAAUCAGAUUCUUCAUGUAUUGGUAGAUGUCCGCCAGUUGGUAGAAGUGGACAUAGGUCGCUUGCCACAUUCCCUCAGUGUGCCUCUUAGUAAACUCGAAGGAGAAGACAAAGAAUGCCUGAACUCCCUAUGCCAGACGAUACUUGAAGCAAAGCAGGGGACUGAUAACAGCUUGGCUUUCCCAGUUUAUGUUGUCUGCAAGUUAGGAAACGACUCUCAGAAGGCUGUGAGAAUAUUACAGGGAUUGUCUGAUGAUAGGUUAGGCUUAAUUUCUGUUAAGGAUAUUAGAGGAGGACUGAUGGCUUGGGCUAGCAAAAUUGACAAAGCGUUUCCUCAGUAUUAAUAUUUUCUCAAAGCCAAUUAUGUUUUGUUUUAAUCAAGAGUUCCACUCAUCACUGUGGGGGCUGAAAAGAUUCUCUUAUAUUUGUAAUCAUCCUGCAAAGGCAUCUUCAGAACAUUUGAAAUGUAUUUUUAAAGAAAAAAGUUUUUUAAAAAAUACAAAACCAAAUGUGUGUA